UUGGGCGCCUUUCUGGAGUCGAGUGGUCUGAGAAUUCGCGGGGAAAAUAACCGCUUUUCUGGUUGUUGUUGCCUCCUCCACCCCAUUGGGGGGGGACUCCCCCUUUUCCCGUUCCCCUCACCAUGUUACUGCCGUCUGACGUGGCCCGCUUGGUGCUAGGAUAUUUGCAACAAGAAAAGCUCUUAGCCACAUGUCAAGCAUUUAUAUUGGAAAGUUCAGACUUAAAAGAAUACGCAGAGCACUGUACAGGAGAAGGCUUUGUUCCAGCUUGUUUAUUGUCUCUGUUUGGAAAAAACCUAAUCACCAUACUGAAUGAGUAUAUAGCAAUGAAAUCGAAAGAAGCAACAAAUGAUGUUCCAGCGAUGAUGUCAUCCCUGUGGAAAAAGUUGGACUACACACUUUCUCAAAUCAGGAGCAUGCAGAAUUCUGGAGGAUUUUCUGCACAUCAACGGAGCCGCACGAGAAGUGCAAUUGCAGAGAUGAAAAAGCAGAAAUGUCUCCAGCACUCCGCCUCUUCAAAUGUAGGCUCAUCUUCUGUAGCUCAGCAGCCAGGGCAACUGAAUUCUACUCCAAUGAGAGCCACGCAAGUUAUCCUUAAACCAAUUAUAACUCCAAGUCUGACUCAGGCAAGAUCAAGUUCUUCAUCUGUACAUCAAUGCCAAGUGCAGGAAAACCAUGUUAACGCCGGAGACUCUCUCAGCUUGGUUUCUUCACUGCAAGAACGGAAGCUUCACUCAAGUCUGAUGUCUCCCGGAAAAAGAAAAAGUGACUCCCAGAAGAAAAAAAGUACUGGACCACCAUUGUCUAAUUGUGGCUUGCAGGAUUCUCCCACAGUGGAACCAGAAAGCUCUCCCAUGGAAGAAGGAAGUGAACAGCUAGAACUUAUAGAUAGUGACCUUCCUCAAAUGAUAAUUGAAAAUGCCAGAGAGAAAAUUCUGAGCAACAAAUGUCUUCAGGAGAAACUAGCUGAAAACAUUAACAAAUUCUUGGGCAGUGAUGGCAGUAUUUCUCAGACAACAAAGCAGGCAGACAGUGGCCCAACAAUACAAGAGUCUUCAAUUGAUGAAUUGCUCGGCCUUCAGCAGGGUGAAAUUCAUAUGACUGAGGAAGCCAUCCAGGAGAUUCUGGAGCAAACUGAGUCAGAUCCAGCAUUUCAAGGGCUCUUUGAUAUAUUUGAUUUUGGUAAAACCAAGGGUAGUAGAAAUGCUUCUCAUACCAUCCCUACGCAGAGUGGAGGAGUGGAAAAUGCAAUAUUGGUGGAUGAAGCAAACCUCGAAGCACUUGAAAGCUAUAUUGCCACAAAAGAACUUGGUGAUAAUUGCCAAGGCACUCUUUCGUACACAACAGAUCAUUUAAAAGAGACAUGUGUCCUGAAGACUGGUUGCAGUGCUAGUGACGUGACCUUAGAAGAACAUCUGAAGAUGCAAAGUAUAGUAAUUGGAGAAUUUCCUGAGGACUCUAAAACGAGGAGUGAAAGUGAUUCAGUUGAAAUGGGACAACCUGACCCAAAAACCAAACAUAAAACUGCCUUUGAAUCUGGACAAAAUCAGGUCUCUGGCCCAGAGUUCAGUGGGCAAAAGGUAGUAGUGUCUUACAACAAACAAGGAACAGCAGCACAAGACUGUAGAACUGAUGUCCUAUUAUGUCAAAAUGUUCAAAACAUGCAUGACUUACAGUAUGAUCCGUUGAGAACUCCACAGACUUUGCUGUCUGUUAGAGCUGAGUGUUGUUCAUUGCCAAAUAAUAUACUGUCCGAAAAGACAGAUGCAAAAUCGCUCGCUCCUCUGAGAUCUGGUCACAGUGAAAUGCUCAAAGGAGCUGAUGUAACCAACUCUAGCCAUUCAGCGGAAUCGGAUAAAAAUCUAGAGGUAGUAAUAGAACAAUCAGCUGUAUUUUCUGUACCAGGUCAGCAAAGCCCAAACAGUCCUCCUCUGUCUCAUUGUCAAGGCCAAGAUAAAUUGGAGUCAGAAUCUGCCAUAGCCUGUGUGGUGAAUGCAUCCAGUCCAGAUGCUGUAGCGUUGCAGCUUGAAGUUGUAGAUACGUCCAACAGUCCUCAUUCAGAUGAUCAAUGUGUGCAGCCAGAGUGUUGUGCAAAAGAGCAAAUCCAAAAAUCAGGGGAUUUGGAGAUCACACAGGUAGAAUUGCAAGAGCCGUUGUCGUCUACAAAAGCAGAUGUGGAUAGUAUAUUUCUGACUUCUGACAAUGAGAGGCACGUAGAAACAUCUACUGAAAGCAACCUCACCACAUCCAGUGUAUGCCAUUCUCCUCUUCCAGAACCAGUUGGAGAAUCAAGUCCAGGGAACAAUGUUACUGGUAGCGCUUCAUCUAGCAGUCAAGGCACAGCUGUAGAUCCCUCCAAUAUAGUUUCUCUAAAAAUCAUUAUUAGUGAUGACCCGUUUAUUUCAUCAGAUACUGAGCUGAACAAUGCCGUUUCCAGCAUUACUGGAGAAAAUUUGCCAACUAUAAUACUAUCUUCUCCAGCUAAAACACCAGCCAAAAUUGCAGCACCAUCUAAAUGUGUAAUGUCAGAAGAGCUUGAAAGAAAUAGAGAUUCAACUUUGGCAGAACAGAAUCUUCUUGUCCUCAGACCUCAAGAUUCUGUCGUGAGUACACUGAAUGUACAGAACGAGGAGUGUGCUGUCAUUUCCCUUGCUGGGGCAUCAAGUGUUGCCAAGGAUGGGGGAUUUAUACAGCUGAUGCCAGCCACAAACACAUCUUUUGGCAACUCCAACAGCGUCUAUGUUGCCACUUGUGUGACUGAGCCAACAGCUUUGAGUACAAAUGUGACUCCAUCUAAUUUAGUUGUGUUGCCCAGCAACUCAGCAUCUCUUCCAUCUCAGGUUCCAACAACCCAGCAGUUAAGGACUCCUCCCAGAACAAACAAUUUAUUUGCCAUGAACCCAUCCAUUUCUCCAAACUUUUCACAAGGUUCCACCAUUAUAAUUGCAUCUCCAGUACAGCCUGUGUUGCAAGGAAUGGUGGGAAUGAUUCCUGUAUCCAUAAUGGGACAGAGUGGAAAUGCAUUCUCGGAUCCUUCCCGGCAGGUUCUGCACAUGCCAAUACAGACCUCUUUAGGCAAUGGAGGUCUUCCUAAACUGCCUCUCCCUCCCAAAUCUCAGAGGAUCCAAAGAAAUAAAUCAAAUGCAGGAAAGCUGGUGUCCAGUGGAUCAGAGUCUGUAAAUCGCCCUGCUUCUCGAGUACAAAGAGUUGGAAACUCAGACAAGAAUGCCUGUGCAGACUUGAAAAAAAAGCUGGAGAUUGUUGCAGUUGACACCACAAGUUCCAGUUUCAAACAGAAUGAAAGCCACAGAAGAGUGCUUUGCUUUGACAAUACUCUGGUUACUCCUGUAGAAAGCACUCAAGCAUUGCAGAAAGAAAGAAAUGAAAAUCCUUUGGUCCCUGGAAACUAUCCCAAUUCUGUGCUUUCGUCUGCUAAGGUGCAAUCCAGCAAGAGGGAGCGUGAGAGAACUCUGCCUAGGAUUUUAUGUAAGCCUGAUCUUACUUCCAGAAGUUCGGCUGUGAAGGAAACCCAAUCCGAGAGGAAGGCGUCAGGCCCAGGACUGGCAUCAGAUGUGUUAAGAAAGCAGACAGCAAAUAAAGAGAAUGAACUAGAAAGGAGUGUGGACAAAGCCCCCAAAAAUCCAGAGGUGGUAAACCUAUCAAAUGGCCAACAAAAUAUUAGUCUUCAUAAUGAGAAGAACAGUAACUCGGCUCAAGAACUAACUAAAAAACAAGGGCUCCAGUCAAAUACAAAUAGUAAAAAAUCAGUUUUGCCUUCAAAGGAGUCAAAAAAAGACCAAACAAGAUCUCCCAAUCAAGUCCAUUGCUUGACCAGCCCAUUAACUAAACAAGCUGUAGAAAUGUUACAUGACAUUCAGAGGCACAGCCCUGCUAGUAAACUCCCUGAAAAUGGGGACCUGCCCGUACCCCGUACCCCUUCGGGAACUGGUGAUAGGCAUUCGGAUGAUACUUUCGAUAUGAUAAGGACACCAACAUGUAGACGGUACAGUGAAGACAGUACCACCCCAAGGAUCAUGGUCCCUCCAGCUACUCCUGACUUGCCAGCCUGUAGCCCAGCUAGUGAAACAGGCAGUGAAAACAGUGUUAGCAUGGCUGCCCAUACUUUGAUGAUACUUUCACGAGCAGCUAUUGCAAGGACUAGUACCACUACUCCUCUGAAAGACAAUACGCAACAGUUUAGGUCUUUAAGAAGUGCAGCCAAAAAAAGGAAGCAGGAAGACUUGCUUGAAUGCGAAAGGAAUUCCCGGACUGCCUGUAAAAAAGACCUUCAGAACUUCACAAUGCCAAUAAAAAAGAAGAAACUAAAGCAGAAGAAGCUACCAGUUGCCUUUCCUGCUGGAAUGGAUGUGGAUAAGUUCUUGUUAUCCUUACAUUAUGAUGAAUAAAUAGCGAACUAUGUAUUGAGACGACGUUUGGAACAAAAGGAGAACAAAUUGUGGGUUAAGUUGCACAGUUAGCGCAUUGAAGUUUCUCUUCAUAAAAGAAAAUCACGCUGGUUCUACAGAAAGUUUCUAGCUUAUGAAUAAUUUGGUGCAUCUUCUUUUAAGAGAGCACUUAAAUUGGCUCUAUAUUAAAUUUGCACAGUUGUACUUAGUGGGAUGAUGUAAAUACUGUACAGAAGUUGAAGUUGUAAAACAACAAAAAUUCUACUUUUAUUAACACCGAGUGUUGGCUGUGUCCUGCCAAAAUGUGCACAUUAAUUGACUUUUUCAUAAUGUGAAACACCCAUGUUCCUAAAUAUGCUCAGAAGUUCCACUGAAUUGUGGAAUUUAAUUUCAAGUCAUUGUACAUGGGAUUAUAGCCCUAGACUGAAUCUAACUAAGCUUCAGGUAGUUUGCUUUAGUUUUUUUUUUAAAAAAAAGGUAAGAAUUAAUAGUUGGCCCAAGUCUUCAACAGGUAGCUAACUAACUUUUAAAUAAGACAAUUCAGCUCAUUUUGUAUUGGGGAUAUCUUUCUGUUCCCUUUUGGCUAUCUUUCCCUCUAGUUACAAGUCUGCCAACGAUGGCUUUUCAACUUUCUUAUUCUUAGGAAUCUUAAGAGCCAGUUUAUUUUUGUUCUAUUUAACUUUUUUAAUACACCUGUAAAUACCA